UUUUCAAUGAAAUUUUUUUUAAAGAAGUCUAAUAGUUACAAAUAUGGGUGGAAGUUAUUUAAUUUACCUUUUUUAGUUUUUUUAAAAAUAAAACUGACCAUUAAGCUUGGACUGUCGUACCUAGCUGCAAUCUUCUGUGAAGAUUGCUGGCCGCAUUUUUAAGAUUAUGAUUAUGCAUAACAACAUAAAUGAGUACUCUUUUUAAAGAUGCAUUUCUUUUUUAGAUGCAUACUUUUUUUUUUACAAAUGCAUUAUUUUUUUUAACA